GCCACGCCUCCAGGUGAGACUGCGACCUGCACACAGGUGGGCUGAGAGCAGCUCGUCCUUCAUACACAGUGAUAGUGAUGAUGAUGAUGACGAGUGUUCAGCGUCUACUGCGGUAUUAACAAACUCCAGACCCGAGUCUUCCGGUUGUUAUUGAUACGAUUCAUCGAUGAUCCCCCGGAUUACAGGGAGCAGGCUGAGCUGAAACAUGCCGGGACGUGUCUGGGUGUCACGGGAUAAUGAGUCAGCGAAGCUUUAAAUAGACUCUGUUUCGUUUCUGCUCUCAGUCCGCCAGCCCGACAGCAGAGACAGUUUCUCUUCUGGUCCCCUUUCGGAUCAAGACCCAACAACAAUGCGGAACCACAACACCAAGCAGACUUCCACAGGUACCGGCACGGCUCCGAAACCGGUCCUCCCUCAGGUCAGAUACCACCCCUCCAUCCAGACUCCAGAAGGCAUCACUGGAACCAGAACCUCCAGGAAAACCAGACCCGGUGCUGUGCGCCCCCUUCAGACUGGGACUGACUCCCGGGCAGAUCCAGGAAACAGCGGCGCCCAAAAAGCUGCCUCCGCUGUGAGACCUCCUCCUGAAGGAGGACAGAAACGGGCACAGAAACCUGUGAAGGAGGCUGUUGCUGCUGAUCCAGAUCCUCCCCAGAAACCUUCCCCAGCUGCCCCUCCCAGACCCGAGCAGGUGCCCCUGGAUGUGGGCGUCCACCUGGACCGGUGUGUGGUGGAGGAGGUGGAGGUCUUGACCCGCGGACAGAGAAACAACCCAGACUGGUUCGCCUGGAGGAAGAACCGGAUCACAGCCUCGGUGGCACACAGCAUCGCUCGCUCCGGCUUUGUUAACGGCAAGAGUAAAACUCCGCCCACCUCCUACCUGGCUGCUGUCACAGGUGAGGGGCCCAGAGUCCAGACCAGAGCCAUGAGCUGGGGGGUCCACAUGGAGGCUGAGGUCGUCCGCAGGUACCAGAGGCUGAAGUCCUCGGCGUUGGGCCGGCAGGUCCUCGUUCAGGACUGCGGCUUGUUCGUCGACCCCCGGAGGCCCUGGUUGGCUGCCAGUCCUGACGGCAUCGUGACGGACAGACGAAGUGGCCAAUGGCUGCUCUGUCUGGAGGUGAAGUGUCCCUACAAGCACAGACACAGACGGGUGGAGGACGCCUGCAGGGAAGACCCUGCCUUCUGUCUGCAGCUGCAUGAGGAGGCCACACGGGAGCGCGGCGGGACUCCAGUGUACCGCCUGAAGACCUCCCACAGCUACUACACUCAGAUCCAGUGUCAGCUGGCGGUGACGGGGCUGCGGGAGGCCGACCUCGUGGUCUUCACCCUGAAGGAGACGGCUGUGGUCCCGGUGACCUUUGACCCUGAGCUGUGGGAGGAGACGGUGUCCAAACUGGAGGUGUUUUACAGGGACGCUGUGCUGCCUCACGUCAGGCAGAAGAUGCAGCAGCGUGCAGCAGCCGCUGGGAUGCCGGAGCCGUAGAGGUCGCUUCCUGCGAGAAGAGCUUUGUGGCCCGAAGCGUGUUCCACUGCGUGUGGGGUUUACCCGCAGUCACGCCAGGUGGCGCUCUGAAAUGCUGACAGACGCUGUCUUUAAUCAUGUGAUCGCCACAUGUUCGGUUCAUGCCGUCAUCAUCAAAGCAUGCUGGGAGAAAGGUGUCUCGCCCGGUAACCUUCCUGUUUGACCGCGAUGAGUCAUCAUGUGAAACCUGAGUUAGCUCCACCCGCUCUUCAUUUUGAUAAACUGAAGUCACAUGACCUCCGCCCUGCAGGUAUCGAUUGUUAAAGUUGUGACCUCGUAGCAAAAAGAACAUGACUGAUGGUAUGAAACCACAAAAGAUCUGCUGAUAGAGCAGCUGUGAAACGGCGCCCCCCGCAGGCCCAUUUUUCAUUGGGUUGAAGUGUAACAGGUGCCGGCUGUGGCUCCCGGCCCACUGUGGAACUGUGUGUUUUACUGGUGAGUGGAGCGGACGGCGGUUUUAGUUUGUUGUUAAUAAAAAUAUUUUUUUGAGUGCCAGCUUUGUCGUCACGCUCGUUGUUGCUACGCCGCACCUCCCGGACUCCUGUUGGAGCAGCACGACGAACCCCUCGGUCUACACGCACACGUGCUGGGCGGGGUCCGGGUGGUGGUUUAGGGCAGUCAAACUGUCACUGUUGGAUUCUGGGAUAUAUUUGAUCAUAAAAAUGUUUUAUUAAUUUACUUCUAUAAAUUCUUCUGUGCUUUAAAGAAUUUGAGCCAUUGUUGUGGGAGGAUGACGGAAGGUUCUGGAAUGUAGUGAACCAUCUGCAAAAGCCAUGAGGCUAAACCUCAGCCAUACUGCGCCAGAUUAAUAUUAGUAUUUCUAGAUUAUUAAUUAUCAUAUUUAAUGACAUCAUUUGUCACAGGAAAGAAACAGUAUAGGUGAAAUAAAGCCAUUAAAAAGCAUUCCUGUAUAAAAUAAACCCAUCAAAGAAACCAAACAUCAGAUCUCACUGGGAGAAACGAAGCUGGGUGAUGUGAUCGGGAGGAAACGGUGCCACAUCGUUUGACAGGCAUGAAAAUGAUCAACCUGCAGAGGUGGAGUUCAACGACACCCCAAAGAUCAAAAUCAAAGUGAGUCCACUGAGCUGAAAUUUCCCUGCAGCAACUCAGCAGCUGUCCUGAGGGAUCUCCUCCCACAUCUGGACCUGGGCAUCAGCACGAGGUGCAGACAUUGUGUCCCCGAAGACUACGGUCAGUGGUAUCAGUUCCUUGGAGAAAACAGGUCCAAAUAUGUCUGCAGCAGCUCUGCUGUGCACAUGCGGUCAGGUUACCGUGAGCUGGGGUGGGGGGGACACUUACAGGCAAGACAUGAAACUGUGGAAGAGACUGAGUGUGAUGUUUAAGGAGCAGGUGGGGAGAAACCUGCUGAUGUCCGGUGUUUGUCCCGAGGCUUCAUGAUCACUGUUGGAAAGGCCAGCAUGUGGCUGGAGACUGCUGCACCUCCUGGCUGAAUGAUGAGACAGCGCCCUCUGCUGACUCAGACGUCAGUGUGAGGAAAACCCUCGGCACAGCAUUCGUGGAAGCCUUGAAUGUGACAGUUCAGCAGCCUGUGAGUCGUUCAGCUCUCGGGUCUUUGUGCUGUGAGCACGACAGAAACAUCCCAAAUGUUGUAUUUCUUUUAUUUUUAUGUGUUUGACGUCUACCUUUGUGCUCAUCUUUGUUUACAUUUCACAUUCCUCUAUUUUUUUUAGUAGUAGUAGUAUUUUACUAGUACUGUGGUCAGGGUGUGGACGUCCCAGAAGAGGGAUGACAUGACAGAAGAAAUAAUU